AUGGGUGGUGGAGAAAGAUACAACAUUCCAGUUCCCCAGUCUAGAAAUCCCACCAAGAACCAUCAGCAGCUGAAGAACAGGCAGAAGCACAAGGAGCAGAAGUCGCAGGUGAAGCCCUGCCUGAAGAAGGAGCGAGGACACGGCUGCAGCUCCUCCCCCAGUGCCUGGCAGGCCAUGCAGAAAGGGGGAAAGAACCACAGCAACCAGAACUGGAGUCCUGCUCUCUCCAGCCACCACCUGCUCCUCUCCCCUCAGAGCACCCAGAACUAUGCUGGAGCCAAGUUCAGCGAACCUCCCUCCCCAAGUGUCCUGCCCAAGCCACCAAGCCACUGGGUACCUGUUCCCUUCAAACCUUCUGACAAGGAAAUCAUGACAUUUCAGCUGAAAACACUACUGAAAGUCCAGGCCUGA